CUCAGAGCAGCUUUUCCGUGCGCGCCCAGUUCCGAACUUCCAUGUGACGCGCUCCUCGUGCCCGUGAUGAAGGAUACACCAGAAUAACGCUACUCCUAAUGACGUCGUAAUCUGGAUUGAUCAUCUUCCAGAGGAUAGCCGCGUCCCACCAGAAACCACCUACGAGUGCAAUUAUGAGGAAGAUCCCGUGACGGAGAAUGACUGCUUCUGCCAUCAAGCAGCCGCUCUCGCGGUUCUGAUCCCAGCGGUGAUAGCCGUAAGCUGUGCUGUUGCAGCAGGGAAGGCUCUUUCGAUAAGAACUGGAGAGCGAGAUGCAGCCCCCGUGACUCCUCCACCAGGACCGCGGCAGGAAGGUUUAGUUGGUCCAGAUGGCGGCACAUCUUUCAGAUCUUCUUUGGUUACGCUGAUUAUUCCAUCACAGAGCUGCCAGCUGACCCAAAACCUGGACCUGCAGCUAAUCGAGGAGACCCUUCUGGAAGCUUACCGGAUGAUGAAAAAGUCAUCAAAGGCUUCAACCCAUGAGAGAAAGAGGAGCGAGAAAACCACCACAGAACCACCGCAGAUCUCAUUGGGAACUGGAGAGGGAGAUGCAGCCCCCGUGACUUCUCCACCAGGACCGCGGCAGGAAGGUUUAGUUGGUCCAGACGGCAGCACAUCUUUCCAAUGUUCUUUGGUAACCCUGAUUAUUCCAUCACAUAGCCGCCAGCUGACCCAAAACCUGGACCUGCAGCUAAUCGAGGAGACCCUUCUGGAAGCGUACCGGAAGAUGAAAGCGUCAUCAAAGGCUUCAACCCAUGAGAGAAAGAGGAGCAAGAAAACCACCGCUGUACCUGCCCAGAUCUCAUUGGGAAACCAAGAACGUUCCCAGCCCCUGCCCUAUAACAACGUGGCAUCUGCUGCCGGCGACUUCCAAACCAGCCGUGCCCUCGAUGACACCGAACAGGGCCAAGAGAUCUGUCACCCUCUUACACCUCUCCACAGUGACCUCCUCUCUAUACCAUCCGGAGAGCGCAGUGAGGAGCCGGUCAGAGCCAAGCCACGCACCACCACCACCACCCCCAGCGACGUGACCGUCCAUCGUACACCAGUUCCUCGCAAAGACGGAGGGAAGAACCGCUGGCGUCUCGCUUCCCGGCUGAGAGCAGCUUUUCAAAAAAUCGUUGAUUUCUUUCUGUGCCGUCACUUUCCCAAAGAGUAGGAAGUGUCUGGGAUGGAUCCGGACGUGACCCGUCUCUCCAUCGCAUCGCAGUCACCCGGAUAACGGACUUCACCCUCUGCCCCAAAACCCUCUGCUUCCCUGUUAGGAAUUUCCCUAUAGUGCAAAUAAAAUAAAAAAACACAA